AUGGAUUCUGACUCUGGUUCCAUCAGCAGCCGCUCGUCCUCCCCAGAGCUGGUGGUCGCCUCGUCAGUCGUCGGAGGCUUCUUCACCAACCAGAUGUUCCAGGAGUACUGCCGCAAGGAGGCCUCCGGCGGCGGUGGCGUCGGCCAGGACCCCAUGAAGUCCAGGUCCCCGGGUUCCUUGGAAGCCCAUCUCCAUGGCGGUAUCAAGGGCCAGCGCGGUACUGGCCCCCGCUCCGACCUGUCCAAGGACGACCUGCAGGAUCUGCGUCUGAAGGUGAACAGCCGCGAGCGCAAGCGCAUGCAUGACCUGAACCAGGCCAUGGACGGGCUGCGUGAGGUCAUGCCCUACGCCCAGGGCCCCUCUGUGCGCAAGCUCUCCAAGAUCUCCACGCUGCUGCUGGCCAGGAACUACAUCCUGAUGCUCUCCAGCUCCCUGGAGGAGAUGAAGAAGCUGGUGGGGGAGGUGUACGGAGCCAACGGGGCUCAGAGCCAUCAUCACGCGGCCCGCCGUGCCGCCGCUCCACCGCCACCGCCACCUCCGGCCCCUCCUGCGGUCCACCCUCCAUCCACCGGCCCUCUCCCGCUGCUACCCCUGGCCCAGUCGCUGCACUCUUUCGGGGGCAGCGCGGCUGCCAUCGCGGCCUCUGCUGCUGCCGCACUCCACCACCCGUCCGCCACCAGCAUUCCUUCUGCCCCCCACGCUCCGCACGCCCCACACUCGCCUCCCUCGGCCGCCGCCUACCUGCCCUUCCACACGUCGGCCCUGCCCAGCCUGCUGAAGGACCCGCUGCACUUGGCAUCCACGUACAGGCACUUCCCUGGCAUGCCCUGCCCCUGCUCUCUCUGCCAGCCCCUGCCGGCCUCCACAGCCAGUCUUCACACCCUCGCCAUGGGCAAAUGA